AUGUUUUCCAGACCGAAAAUGCAACUUUGGUAUCCGAAAAGGCAUUUACCAGAUCAAUUAGUCCAACAACGGAAAUGCACUAGUGAUAGUACGGAAUCGGAUUCUAGUGAUAUAGAUAUCAGAAAUUACAAGCUAACUCGACCAAAUAAAACGAAACGGUCAGAUAUGGAUGCGGAGGAAAACACGUCGAAAAUACAGAAAAUAAAUAUGAGAGAUGAAAGAAAGACGGGAAAAGACGACGAAAAUGGUACGAAAGAAAAUGGUUUUGUCGAUUUGGAAUAUUGGACGCAAGAAAAAAUUUGCUGCGGAACUAUUUUUAGAGGAAAAUAUGAUGAGGUUAUGUUCGAUCCUAGAUCUAUGAAACCGUGCGAAAAUAGGUUGAAGAAAUCUAUUACGAACGUAGAUAGUAACGAAAAUAAGAUUUGA